UUUCUUUCAUUUCCUUCAAUCAAACAUGAACUAAACAUCCAUUCAUCUGUCUAAUCACCAUCAUGCAUCAACACCUUCCAUCCGAUCGCCAACCACCGCCGCCGCCAAAUCAUAUCGUAACUCCGAUCUCCACCGCUCAUCCUACCUGCGAACCUAUUCCGACCAUGCCUACGUCAUCAUCAUCACCAUCUCCAUUAGCCAGAAUCAGGCUAUCCGAUUUACUCCCAUACGACGGCGCAAUGACGGAUACUUACUCGAAAGCGGUCGAAUCGUUAUCCGGCUCGCUAACGAGACAUAACGCGGCGGUUAUUGAGCUAGGAAAUGAGGAUGGAGCAGUAUUGAGAUGUGGAUUGGAAUCUUCUAGAAUGUAUUUUAGAAUUAGGAAUUCUGCACAAAAUAAUUGGAGUCAUUGUAAUGGUAGUGUUAGUACUAGUAGUAGUAAUGCUGCUGGUGGUGGUGGUGUUUAUAAGUAUAGAGCUGGAAGGGCUUUAGAAGAUAUGGAUUCAUCUCCACCAUGUAUGGCCGAUGUUUUCAGAUGCAUGGGAAAGGCGGCUCGUGCUGUUUUAUGUGCAAUCGCCAGGCAUCUUCGUUUAAGAAGCGACGCUUUUAAUCAUUUACUUGACGAUGACCCCUUACCUGCUAAUGAGGCAUCAUCAUCAGUACUUGUUGCAUCCUACUUGCACACAUCAUCACUAAAGGGAAAAGGUGCUAUUGGAGGAGGGAACAUAACGACAAGUUAUGAAAGCGAAAAAGGAUUAUUAACUUUGGUCAGUUCAGAUGCACCUGAUCUGCAGGUUCGUGAUCCCAAUGGUCGAUGGUACAUAGCAGAUUAUGGUUCUGCGCCAGGGGAUCUUUUACUAUUGACGGGGAAGGCACUGAGCCAUGCUACGGCUGGUCUUCGGCCAUCUUCUUCAUAUAGGGCUGCUACUGACUACAUUCCUGCCACUGCUAACGCUGGACGGUCAUCAUUGGCAUUUAGGCUCAUGCCACAAGGCAAUGCCAUAUUAGACUGUUCUCCAAUCAGAGCAGCUGGUCAUGUGAUCCCUCAAAGCUAUGUACCAAUCUCUGUAAGCCAGUUUAUGGAUGAUCUUUCUGCUGAUGAAGAUGCACCUUGUAACGUCUCUGACAAUGGUUUUGCUGGUUGGAAAAAUUCGAAUAAAGAACCUUCAUUGAGAAGUGUUCUCUCUGAUGCAUUAUCUGGUGCAUUUCUUGAAGAUGCCAUGCUUGUUUCAUGUGGGCAUUCGUUUGGUGGCAUGAUGCUUAAGAGGGUCAUAGAGACGGGAAGAUGUAGCAUUUGUGAGGCUGAAGUCGGGACUGCAUCUUUAAUACCUAAUCAUGCUUUAAGAGCUGCCGCAAGAGCUGUUAAACGUGAGGAUGAUCGAAGGCUUUUCCACAAUGCUGCUAUGCGGAAACAAAGAAGAGAAGUCGGGGACCGUUGGGUAAAUGGAGAGGUUGCUUCCGAAAAUGGAAUCCAAAGAUGUGUACAGUAUCCAUUUUCUGUAAAUGAAAAAGUUGUUAUUAAGGGAAAUCGGAGGACACCUGACAAAUUUGUUGGGAAAGAAGCUAUUAUAACAUCACAAUCUCUUAAUGGCUGGUACCUGGUAAAUAUUAUUGAAAGCGGAGAGAAAGUUAGGCUACAAUACCGUUCUUUUGUAAAGAUCCCAAAUUCUCAACCUACAGCUAGUUGAAGGACCAAAAGGCCUCAUUUUCUGCAUCACCUGCCACUUUUGAGGAAAUCUUAGCUUAGUUUGUUGUUAAAAGUUAUAAUUAUCUUUGUCAAUUGGCUUGCUCUUUUAGUGUCAUAGCUUGUAAAAAAUUGUUAACUAAUUUGAAGACGAUAGGGCAAACUCUAAUUUAUAGGGUAUUAGGUUUACAUUUGUGAAUCGGAAUUUCAUGUAAUGAGGCGAGCAUACAUGUUAUAGUAUCAGUGUUGUUUAAAUCAUUAGUCUUGACUCUUGACGAUGAA